CUCAGGAUAGCCAAUCACCUUCCAUCUGGCGUUUGGCGUCACGGACAGGUGCAACCAAUCAGAGACGCCGGCUGACUGCCACCGCCAAGCUUGUGUGCGGAGUUCAGCAGCACUCAGGAAGUGAGCGCGGUGCGAGCAGUUACUGUGCUUUCACUCUCAUACAUUUACAAGUUGUUUGUUUUCCACUUUGACAGACCAUUUCAACACACUUCAGCCCGAAAUCCAAGGGGGCUGUGCAGCUCUGAGCGUGAGGGGAUCUGAACAGAAAGAGCCCUGUCAUCUUUACCAUGAUGGCCAACACGGUUGGCGCAGCAGCUCUGUGUGGAGAUCUCAAGGCUUUUCUGAACCAAAACCUGUCCAAAGGCAACAUUUCCCUGGUAACGCCGUCCAGCUACAGCCCAGCCGCCAAGAUCACACUAGGAACGGUGAAUUCAAAUGUGGGAGCCCAGAUGAUUUUAAGCACACCACAGAGAGUGUCUCACCCUGGAAGUAUCCUUAUUGGCAGCCCGUUUACAACGCACACAACACCAGUUGCCAUGGUAGCUCAGGCACACCCUCCCGAGGGCAACGAAUGGACCCCGGGGAACAAAAAAAGGACACAUGACUACAUUGAUUCCUAUUACUCAGACAGGGACGGGCUGUUUUCGAGUGACUCCUCGUCCAGUAAGAGAAUGAAGAGGGCCGAUAAGAACGGGAAAGGCCUGAGGCACUUCUCCAUGAAGGUGUGCGAGAAGGUACAAAAAAAAGGCACUACGUCUUACAACGAGGUGGCUGAUGAGCUGGUGGCCGAGUUCACCCAUGCCAGCAGCCUGAUGCCCGCCGACUCGCAAGCGUACGACCAGAAGAACAUCCGCCGGCGUGUGUAUGACGCGCUCAACGUGUUGAUGGCCAUGAAUAUCAUCUCUAAAGAGAAAAAGGAGAUACGCUGGAUCGGCCUGCCCACUAACUCAGCCCAAGAGUGCCGCAACUUAGAGCUGGAAAAACAGAAGCGUUUGGAAAGAAUCCGACAGAAAAGAGCCCAGCUAGAGGAGCUAAUAUUACAGCAGAUCGCCUUCAAGAAUCUGGUGCAGAGGAACCAGGCCAACGAAGUGUCAUCCCAGUCAACUCCCCCUCCAGGAUCUGUCAUUCAGCUUCCCUUCAUCAUUCUCAACACCGGCGUCCGCACCGUCAUCGACUGCUCCAUCUCUAGUGAUAAGUGUGAAUACCUCUUUAACUUUGACAACACAUUUGAGAUCCAUGAUGACGUUGAGAUCCUGAAGAGGAUGGGCAUGUCUUUGGGGCUUGAGAACGGCACAUGCUCUCCAGAGAACAUCAGUGUGGCCAAAUCUCUAGUGCCCAAGUCUCUGGAGGCUUAUGUCACCAACAUGGCCAGAAACUCCAGAACCCCUCUCAGCCACACAAGUCACAGCAGCACUGCCCCCUCACACACCUCAGAGUCUCGCGGACAGACGCCCAGCUCCUUCAACGAGGAAGAGGACGACGAUGAUGAAGAUGAUGACAACCCCUCUUCCCCGGAGUGAUCGUCAGAUUCCCGAGCAGUGCCGGGGGGGAACUCUACACAGGAAAUAAGCUGCCUCUCUAUAUUACCAUAUUUUUAAUCUCUUUCUUCCCUUUAUCCAGUUUGGCACAAAACGCCAGGAGUCUCUGGCUCCAGGGGAAACGGUUAAUUGUACUUCAGUGGUGCUUUUCAGGCUAGAGAGCCACAGGUCAAGUCAUAGAGGAGAGCGAUUAAGUGAAGGUUAACAGACGCCUCACGUCAUCUCAGUGUACUUCCUUUCUCUGCUUCCUAUCCAGAGGACUUUCAAAUUCUUUCCAAAAAUGUAUUUAUUUGGGUCAUAUCUGAAUAUGACUGAAUCUGCGUAGUCCAGUGGGCUAGUUCCACUUUAUUUUCUUCUCCGUGGGGAUCGGAAAACAACGUCCUGAUCUGUUCACCGAUUGAAAGGAAUUUACAUCCUUACAUUAAAAAAAAUGGAGAAAUGUUCUUUUUUUUUAUAGGUUGAUUCAGUGUCAUUUUGUUGUGUUGUAUAGUUUAUUCCUUGUCAUUCAUCACAAUAGUUGAAGGAAAUUAAAAUAUGGAUGGUUGUUGUUCCGGUUGCCUCAAGCUGUUUGAAUGUUCCAUGCUGGGAGAUGUAGUCGUGUUGUGAGUGAUUAAAAACAUAUUUUUGUUCGAAUUGAGAGCGGCCGAUGUAAAGGAAACAGCCCUGAUCCACUCAGGUCGGCAUUUUAAACCAACUCAACAGAACUGAUAUGAAUUUUGGUUUGCAAAUGUAACUGUAUGUACAUGUAUACAUAUAUAAACAUAUAAUUUUGGUUA